ACUUUUAAACUAUUCAGCUCAGCAUUUCAGCUUGUGAGUACAUUUUCGUGCUUUCAGCUGAGAUUUAUUAAUUCCAUCUUCUAAUAAUAAAGAACCCAAAAUAGAAAAGAAGAAAAGAAACAAACUUUGUUUUGUUCUUAAGCAUUUUCCAAGCUCCAUCAACAUCCUACUUUGUUUUUUUUUUUGUUUUAAAUUUGGGUUUUUUUUUUUUGGGUCUGGUUAAUUUGAUCUGGCUCUUUCCUCAACUGGGUUUCUCUUGUUUUUAGCUUUCUCUACCUUUUUUUGAAAAAGUGGGGUUUUGGGUUAGAACAUUACUAAAUUUGGGUACUUUUAGUUUUUGUGGGGUUUUGAUGGUAUGAGAAAUUGUUAGGGCUGGAAGAAGAGAGAAGAUGGGAUUAGGUUUGGAGGAAGGAAAGGCGAAGUCUUGGGAUAUGUGCAAAUCAAAGGGAAGGAAGAAGAAGAAAAACAGUGAAAAAGAAGAUCUUGAUGAUGAAGCUGUGAUAGAAGAAACAGGGUGUUGGGUUAAGUUGAGGCUUAUUGGAAGCUGCAUUUCUGCAAGAUCCAAAGUUGAUAGUUCUGUUAGUGGGACCAGUACUCAUUAUGAUAGCAAAUCUGCGAAUGAUACCAGUAGAGAUCAACCAACAGCUCCAGUUGUCUCGUCUACAACCACUAGCAAUGCAGAAAGUAAUGCAUCUACUUCCAAACUUGAAGAAGAGCUUAAAGUUGCAUCCCGGUUACGGAAGUUCGCAUUUAAUGAUCUAAAGUUGGCAACUAGAAACUUCAGACCUGAGAGUCUCCUUGGUGAAGGUGGUUUUGGUUGUGUUUUCAAAGGGUGGAUCGAGGAAAAUGGAACAGCUCCUGUAAAACCAGGCACUGGGCUUACUGUUGCUGUUAAAACACUCAACCAUGAUGGCCUCCAGGGUCAUAAAGAAUGGCUGGCCGAAGUUAAUUUUCUUGGUGAUCUUGUCCAUCCUAACUUGGUUAAACUUAUUGGUUAUUGCAUUGAAGAUGAUCAGAGAUUGCUAGUGUAUGAGUUUAUGCCUCGCGGAAGCUUGGAAAACCACCUUUUCAGAAGAUCCUUGCCUCUUCCGUGGUCCAUACGGAUGAAAAUUGCACUAGGUGCUGCAAAGGGUCUUGCCUUUCUUCAUGAAGAGGCAGAAAGGCCAGUAAUAUAUCGGGAUUUCAAAACCUCUAACAUCCUACUAGAUGCAGACUAUAAUGCAAAGCUUUCUGAUUUUGGACUUGCCAAAGAUGGUCCUGAGGGAGACAAAACCCACGUAUCAACCCGUGUGAUGGGAACAUACGGAUAUGCAGCCCCAGAAUACGUAAUGACUGGACAUCUUACAUCAAGAAGUGAUGUCUACAGUUUUGGUGUGGUUCUACUUGAAAUGUUGACUGGUAGAAGAUCCAUGGACAAAAACCGACCUAACGGAGAACACAAUCUUGUGGAAUGGGCUCGGCCUCAUCUAGGUGAGAGAAGAAGGUUCUAUAGGUUGAUAGAUCCUAGGCUUGAAGGUCACUUCUCAAUUAAAGGUGCUCAGAAAGCUGCACAGCUGGCUGCUCACUGUCUUAGCCGCGAUCCAAAAGCCAGACCUUUAAUGAGCGAAGUGGUGGAAGCCUUGAAGCCUCUACCGAAUCUCAAGGACAUGGCAAGCUCAUCGUAUUAUUUCCAGACAAUGCAAGCAGAACGCAUAGGGUCCAGUCCGAAUGCUAGAAAUGGUAUCCGAACUCAAGCCGGAUUGCUUUCAAGGAAUGGGCAGAGGAGCCUUUCCAUUCCAAACGGUUCCCAUGCUUCUCCCUAUCACCAUCAGUAUCCCUAUCGGUCACCGAAACCCAAUGAUGUAUUCUGUCAAAGCAUUUGUUCCCAGACAAUGGAAAAAGCAACAGUGAAAACAUGCUUGCCUAAUGUUGUGUUUAGGAUGAUAGCCUCCCCAGCAGGAUAGUCAUGGCAGGUGAAAGCUUGUAGAGCACAAUGCCAUGUUAACCAUCUGUUGCUUUAAUCUAUUUGGAAAUAUUAAAGAUUUGCUCUCUCUCCUUUCUGUUUUUU